AUGGAAAUUAUAUAUUUGGCGUUGCAGACAAGGCAGACAGUGGUAAUUAAGAAAAUUCGAAUCGGGAAGCAGACAGAAGGGUUUAAAAUCACGGAUCUUAAGGAAAUUAAUCUGUUGAAAGAGCUCAAGGACUCGAAUAUAGUUGAGCUCAUUGAUGUUUUUCCUCAUAAAGGGAGUUUGAAUGUUGUGUUUGAGUUCAUGGAGAAAGAUUUAGGGGGUGUAAUUCGUGAUCGUAAUAUUGUGCUUUCGGCAACUGAUAUUAGGUCAUAUAUUCAGAUGACCUUGAAAGGGCUGGCAUCCGGCCAUAAGAAAGGAAUUCUAUAUUUGGAUUUAAAACCAGAUAAUCUACUGAUUGGACCUCGCGGACAGCUGAAGCUUGCCGGCUUCGGCUUGGCUUGGAUAUUUGGAAGUCCAGACAAGAUUUUUGGUCACCAGGUAUUUGGCCGUUGGUACAGAGCACCAGAGCUAUUGUUUGGUUCAAACCAAUACGGUCCAAGCGUGGAUAUGUGGGCUGCCGCUUGUAUAUUUGCUGAACUUUUAUUGCAACGUCCAUUCAUGCAGGGAAAUAGUGAUAUUGAUCAACUGGGGAAGAUCUUUGCUGCUUUUGGAACUCCAAAACCUUCACAGCAAUCAGGAAUGAUGUAUUUGCCUCAUUUUCUGGAAUAUAAAGAUGUUGCUAGGCAACCACUCCGCACACUUUUUCCAAUGGCUACUGAUGAUGCCUUGGAUCUUUUAUCAAAGAUGUUCACUUAUGAUCCAGAAACCAGGAUUUCAGCACAAGCAGCAUUACAAUAUAGGUACUUCUCUUCUGGACCUCUAUCCAUGGAACCAGAUUCACUUCCAAGACUUGCUCAGGAAAAGGAUGCGUACAAUCCACAGGAUGGUCCAGCUAUAUUGUCUACGGGAUGGUCAACAGAAUUAAAUCUACAAGAUGGUCCAAAUCAUUUGGCUCCUCCAAGAAAGUCUAGAAGGGUUAUGCCAAAUCCUGAAUUCCUUUUGAGUGCUAACUUGGGAGAAAGUACGAAAUAUACUACCCUGGAGAAAGCUCCUAUACUCUCAUUGAGUGAAUUUUUAGGAAUCAGGUCAAAACAGUUUGUAUCACCCUCAAGUAUUUCCACAAUGAAACAAUUGGAAAGAAGCUAUAACUUGCAUCACACUAGUAAAUCCAAAUCUUUGAAAGUGAAAAGCAAGGAACCAAAGGAUGCAACUGCAAAGAAAAUGAGUUGUCCUGAAUUGGUUGAAGCAGAUAUCAAAUUCAUUGAAAUGGAUCAAUCUUGGAAUGAAACCAAUGAUGAGAAGGUAAUGAACACAUUAGCUGCACAAGUACAAACUUUGAAAGUGAACAAUAAAGGGUCAAAGGAUGCAACUGCUAAGACAAAGAGUUGCUCAGAAUGGGAAGAAGCAGAUGUAUGUAUCAUUGGCACAAAGAUAGUUAAGGAUGAGAAGGUAAUCAACACAUCAAAGGCACCACCACUUUGCAAAGAGAAGGUCAUCUUCACAACUAGUUCACCAUUAAAAGAAGCCGAACCAUUUGAUGAGAAUGCGCCGUAUUGUGAAUAUCACGAUGUAUUUGGACAUGGUUUUGAUCAUUGUCCACAAGCACUCCUUAAAUGUGACUUUUGUAACAGGGGAUGCCACUCGAGGAGUCAAUGUGCUGAACUUCGGGUGGCGGAAGGCAACUUAGAGGCAGAACCAACGGUGAAUAUGCAAGAUGUCAUAAAGGAGAUUUCAGGUUACUUUGAUAGACCACAGCAAAAAGUGAUUCAAUAUGUGUUUAAUGAAGGGGACUCACUCGAGUGUUUAGCUGAAAUUUAUAUGGAAACUGUGACUCGUGCUUCGCUGGUCACAUUGAAACCCGAAGGAUGGUUGAAUUCUGAGGAGGAAUUAAAGUCAGAUGUUAGAGAUGAUAAGAUGUUCAUUCCAAUAAAUGAUGGAGGACGCUAUUGGUAUGGAUGUAUGAUUAAUUUCGAGGAAAGGCGUGUUUCAAUGCUAGAUUCAAUGGCAUCUUCUUGUGAUCAAAGAAAAGCAUUGGUGGUAAAAAUGGUUAAAGUGUUGAAGGAUGUACUUGAAAUAGGAUUUGGCAACACAUACAAAGGCAACAUCAUCUCUUUUCCAAUUGAGGUACCAGACUGGUUGCCUAAACAACGUAAUUGGUGA